ACAACUGGGUUUACUUCCCAGAAAAUGAAAACGAGUUGCAACUGAACAAACAAAGGUUCAUGGAAACAACAGGCUUUCCAGGUGUAAUGGGAGCAGUGGACUGCACACAUGUUCUCAUUAUUUCUCCAACUGGCGAUGAGGAAGCAGUAUACGUGGACAGGAAACACAACCACUCCCAUAAUGUUCAGCUUAUCUGCAAUUACGACAUGCUUGUCAUGGAUGUCAACGCCAGAUAUCCUGGCAGUACACACGAUGCAGCUAUCUGGAGGCUGUGCAAUGUGAAGAGGACUUUGAUGAGGCGCUACAGAAAUGGAGACACCAAUUCAUGGAUACUGGGUGAUUCUGGAUAUCCACUUGAACCGUGGUUACUGACACCAAUUCUUCAUGCUCCAGAUGGAACGCCAGAAUCAAGAUACACGACGGGUCAUUGUAGUGCUCGAUGUGCAAUAGAGAGAUGUAACGGGUUGCUCAAAAGUAGAUUUCGAUGUUUAUCGAAAGCUAGGCAAUUGAAUUAUGCACCACACACUGCAGCGCUAAUAGUCAAUGCAUGUGUGGUACUGCACAACUUUUGUGUUAGAAACAAAUUGCCUCUGUAUCUCACUGUUGGUGAACAACCAGUGCCAGACAUCGAAGGGAUUUACCAGGAUCAAUAUGAGGCAGAUCAUGAGAUUGAUAUUCAAAAUGAUGGACGACAGACAGUUGAUCUCCUUAUCAGGAGAUAUUUUCAGUAAUUUAUUAAGUUAGCAAAACUAUAUAAGUAAAGAUAUUUUUCAAUAAUGUGAUUUUUAAUGUACUUACUAAACAAUCCUGGGGGUCAAAAUUUUCCAUAUUACCAUUUUUAAUAAGAAAAAAAAAACAGUUAUGUAAUGUUUUGUGUGCUAUGUACACAUUGAAUACAAAAUGUUGCAAUCAAAUUUUGAAGGAAUGUUCAAUACUUUGCUAAUUGUUUUAGUAUCGGCAGUUUUCAUUGUAGAAAAAAUAGAUACAAUACUUACCAACUUUUACAAUCUCUAGAAUAAAAAGUAUGUACAGAAGUUUGGGCUUGUGUACACUUUUAAAAACAAGGUUUAAUUUACUACUUUUGAUAAUGUAAUGGAAGUUGUUACGGCAGCAGAUUGUACAUUUCUCAUUUACCAUGUGUGCACUCCGUAGGGUGUGCGAUCACAUUGGUCAUGUGUCCCCUUAAUACUGCAAACUUUUAUUUACCUAUUUUGUUACUCAUUAUGUUCGCAAAUGUGCUACUAACAGUUUGCUUCACAUCAGCAAGUGUUUUCACCUUGCAUUUAUGACUAAUUUUGUUACCAGUGAGGUUUAUGGGUUUGUGGAAACUGUUUAAUUAAAUAAGACUACAAA